CAACGGCUUGUCAAGGACUCGCCGUGGACGACAAAUUCCUCUAGAUAAAAGUUGAUUGUUUUUCGAUGUAUGUACAUUAUAUUCAACACAAAUGGAAUAAAUUGUUGCUGUCGGAAACUUUUCAUACUUGCAGUUGUUUGCAGUCAUGUUGGCUGAGUCUGGAGGUCCAAAGACAAAUGGAUCAGACGGACUGUGGACGUCCUCCAUCAUUAGCAGCAAUACCAAACAAGCAGGGACUCCGCACAAGCACCAGCGGCGAGUGCCCGUUCAGAGAAGCUGCUUUCUGGGCCUGGAAACCAAGCCGGAGCUGCUUUGGGAGGACUGGGAUCAGGGCAGAGAAUACACCAAGUCGCUAACGUUAAAGAACAUUAGCCUCAAGCUUCAGAAACUCCACUUGAGACCUCCAUUGACCAAAUUCUUCAGCAGCUCUAGUUCCUGCAACCUGGCUGUGAGCCCAGGGACGUCUUUGACCAUACUGAUCACUUUUAAACCUGCAGAAAAGUGUAAGUACGAGGACAGCCUUGAGUUUGAGGGCAAAGAUGGUAGCUUCCAAGUGUUGCUUCGGGCCGUGGUUCCGUAUCCGGCUUUGGAAGUGCCCGAAGCUGUUCUCCUUCCACUCUGUGCGGUGCGUCAGUCCGUUACUGCGACUUUUCUGCUGAAGAACCUCAGCAAGCUCCGCACGUACUUCAGCUGGGAGUGUCCCGAACCAUUUCAAGUGAGUCCCGAGGAAGGCGUGCUGAAGGCCAGCCAGGAGAUUUCGCUCCUGGUCCUGUUCCAGCCGCAGCAGGCGCUGUUGUACAACAAACACGCCUUUUGUCGUUUUGGGGAGGAAGGAGAUAAAGCCGAGUGCUGCGCCACGCUGCGACUUCAGGGAGUGGCCAAGUACCCGUGUCUUCAGUUGAGAGGCCCGAGUUCGAGAGCGGAUCAACAACACGGCGGUCCCGUGGUUAACUUUGGCUCUGUCGCCGUCGGGCAAAGUUUGCAGAAAUGUUUUGACAUCUGUAAUCCCUCGCAUGUGACUGCUUUUUUUUCCCUGACUCGCCUUUCGGGUGGGGUGCCCCUGUUGGGGUCCGACUUCGUCUGUGAUGUCACCAGCGGUCGGGUGGCCCCAGGCGCAAGCGUGACGGCCAAAGUCGCCUUUGCGCCGACUGUCGCCGGUUCGGUCUGUGUUGACUAUUUGACUGCGGAAUGCAAAGGGGCGCUCAACCAAACGGUGCUCAAGCUCAUCGGGCACUGCGCAGGUCCCAAGUUGUCUUUUUCUUCAUCGGUGGUUGACUUUGGCUGCGUCCAAGUGGGAGCCGCCGCGUCGCAGACGAUGGAGCUGAUCAAUUCUUCGUGCGUCCAGGCGACCUUCCAGUGGGACCUCCACUGCGCCGGGCACAGCGUGUUCAGCAUCCAACCGCAGUGCGGCACCUUAGCCCCCAAGAGCCGUGUCGCGCUGACGGUCACCUACCUGCCCGCCGUGCCUUUUGCCCAUCGCAGAAGCGUGCCCUGUUUCAUACUGCACGGAGAUCCGGUGUUCCUGGACCUGAUUGGUACGUGUCGCUCAGAUCUCCAGAAACCGGCCGUACUUAAACCAGAACAUUUAGCAAGCGGUCCAGAUGAUUGGACGGACGUCAUUAGCGCCCUACUGCCAAGCAACAGCACGCAGCUAGAUCCGCAAGCAUUCUGCUUAUCUGCGACCGAGAAAUCAAGCCGCCUAUCCAAUGUCUCGACGGCGCGGUCGAUAACUCCCAGGGAAGACGGUGACGAAGCGGAUUCGCUGUCUUCAUCGUCACCGUCCACACGCGUGUCGGUGGCGCCCAGCGAACUGCUGUUUAAUCAGGUCACCUCCUCCGUGCCCACGUCGACAUCCUCGUCACUUUCUCAGGGCGUGGCCGUCACCAAUAACUCCACUGCCAAAAUCACCCUGGUGUGGACCAACGCCCGCGACUCUCCAUUCUCAAUCUCUCCGUGGACAUGUGACCUGUCCCCGCUCAAGUCCACCUCGUUCAGAGUGACUUACAACCCGAAGGAACGCAACGCGCUGCACGCAGCUCAACUCGAGUGCUUCGCUUUCCAGCUUGCUAGCGGGGGGCAGAUAAGUCCACCCUGUUGUGUCAUCGUCCGAGUCAUCGGACACUCUUUUGAGCGUGGCAAAGAGCACUUCUACCCACAAUGCUCUCUCGAGCCAAGUACAGUGGUGUUUGCGGGCCUUAACGUUCGAACCUAUAAGACAUUGCUCCUGCGCAAUCACGGCGAGCAUCCGCUCACCUUCUGCCGGAGCCUCAACGAAAGCGUGGACCCCGUGGCGGAAGCGUCGGUGUCCAUCGUGCCGAGGUGCGGCUUGCUCCUGCCCGGGGCUCACCAAAUCCUCACCGUCAUCACCACUCCCAAGGAAGACUCGCCCCCGGAGGGAAUCAAGCUGCGCCUGCAGCUUAAUUCCAGCAAAUGCACAAAGGAAAUUACGGUUAUCAGCAUACUGGAGAACAUCAGCGUGUCGUUCGAGGGAGGUGGCAUUAUAUAUUUCCAAGAUACAUCGGUGGGCUCGCCCAGCAAGCAGACGCACCUCAUGAGAAACCUCUGCCGCAUUCCUCUCGGCUUCCGAUGGAACAUCCGCUACUUGGACCAACAUCUCAUCUCCGUUCAGCCGGAUGCCGGCGAACUGCAAGUGAAUGAGAGCGUGCAGGAGAAAUGGUCUUUUAAUCCAAAGGAAGAGAAAACGUAUGUACUUCAACCCGCGCUGAGCUUCUGGCCCCUUGAAAACCCCGGCUCGAAAAAUUCCAUCGUCACCCUCAAAGUCAUGGGAAAAGGCGCCAAAGGUUCCAUCCAGGCACUUACAGAAAUCUUUGAGAUGGGAGAGACGCUGGUGGGACGUGCUCAGUCGCUUGACAUUCCCCUGGUGAACAACAGCACCUGCUCCAUCUCCUUCCGAAUUUGCAUUGAGCAGACGCUGCAAGACGAGCAACUUCAUCAGGACUUUCCACCUGCCGCGACCGCAUUGCAACUGGACUGCACGGGGGGAACCGUGGCCUCGCACUCCACCUUUAUGCUGCGAGCCACGUUUCGGCCCGAUCGCCGAGCCCACUACCGCUGGACCAUCAGCUACCAGACACUGAGUUGCAGCGGUGUGCUGCUGUCCCCUCCGCAAGAGGUGUGCGAGGUGCGCGCCAACGGCGUGUUCCCCAUCGCCCAGGUGAGCGACGUGGGCAGCGGCGGCGCGGCGGCGUGGCUCAACAAAUCCUACGUGUGGAAGCUGCUCUCGGUGGACAGCCUCAACGCGCAGCUGCUCUCCAUGCCCUCCCCCGUGGAGCACACCUAUAGGAACCCGAGACGGCACAGUAUGCGCACGUACCCGUCCAUCCUGAUCAAAGCCAUGCUGGAUGUCAACUUUGGCGCGGCGCCGCUGAAUUCCGAGCCGUCGACUUUUGCCAUGGUGUUUCACAACCCCGGCAGCGUCCCCGUAGAGUGGACCUUUUUGCUCCCAGACGACCAACAGGUGGACUUCAAGCACUGGAGUUGGGGCCAGGAGUUAGGUCGCAAUGAGCUCGAACUGAUGCAGAUCGGGGAACUUUUCAGCGUUUCGCCCCUUUCGGCCACUCUGCUGUCCGGAGAGCAGAAAUCGGUCCAGUUCAGCUACAGCCACGUCGUUGCCGGGACGCAACAGCUGCCGGUCAUAUUGAAAAUAUCACAUGGCCGAGAGAUCUUGCUGCACUUGCAAGGCGUGACGGUGGAGCAAGAGAGCCCAUAUCUGUACUUUCUAUCCAGGCAUCAUGUUUUCACUCCCAUCAUGAUGGGGGGGUUGAAUCCUCCAUUGCAGACGUACGAGCUUUACAACGGCGGCGACGUUCCCGUCCAUUACGAAGUGGACGGCGACGUGCUGUCGCAGCUGCAAGAGAGCAACUUCAAUCAGCCGCUGCUGAGUUGCCUCAACCCGGCGGGAGUCGUCCUACCCGGGAAGACGGCCAAGCUGGAAUUCAUUUUCUCUCCGCUGGAGGCCAAGCUGCACAGCAUGGACGUUCCCAUUCACUUCCGACACGGCGAAACUGCCACCGUGAGGUUCGAGGGCCUCGGCUUCGACGCUCACGAUGACGUGUGGCCGAGCGGUGAGAGCACACCCGCCGCCCGAGUGCGCAGGAUCGCCCUCCCCGGGCAGCGUGCGUUCCUUUCUGCGGACAAUAUCGCUCUGGGGGAGCUCCCGGUGUGCUCGCAAUCUUCCAGAAUCUUCUUCCUCACAAACGUGUCCUCUGAAGAAAUCUUCUUUAAAUGGUGCUUGACUCAGGUGAUCCGGAUCCAGCCUAAACAAGGCCUCCUGCGUCCGGGAGAGUGCAUCAUUUGUGUGCUGACCUUCAUGGCCACCGACUUCCCAACCAUUCAUUAUCUGGACAUCGUCUGUCAGCUGACCGAGCAGGCGGCACUGGUGCAAUAUUCGGACUCGCUGCAGCUUUGGGAGCAGGAACGAGAGCAGCGGCAACACGAGUUCACCAUCACCGAGCGGGACCUGGCGGAAAGCCGGAAAGUUCCGAGCGACAAGGUCUCGCCACAGACGCAGCUGGGCAAAUACAAGACGCUUCCGCCGAUUUGUAGCCGGGUAGCGCGAGCGGAGCAGCGGGCUCUGGCCGAAGCCGACAAACUGGCCAAACGCCCGACGCUACCUCAGCCUUUGUUGCUGCAUCUGGAAGUGACGGCGCGCACCUACCGCUGGCAGGAAUACCUCCGAUACUUCCCCGACCGAUUCGAUAAUCUCUUCAGGUGCUUCCAAACCAUCAAGCCUUUGAGGCCUCAACUAUUGUGCAACACUCUACUUCAAGAGGGACGCCCGUUGCAGAAGCUGGGCCCCGAGCGACACUUCCUCGAGCAUAUUCUCACUUCUCUCAUCAGGAGCAUACUGGACAACGAGGCCUUUUCGCAGUCUCUGCUCACUUUGGCAUCCAAGCCGCUUUUCUACAAGCCCAAAGUCAUCUUCUCCGCUCCUUCGUCAAUACCGCAACCCCUGAUCGGGUUGGAGGAGACAAAUCCCGAACUGCACUUUUGCGCCGACGGCUCGGCAGCGGCGGGAGGCGCCAAGCUGAGAAUGGGGCAGCGCGCUGAGCGCAUACCGGUGGACGUGUUCAAUGAUAUCUUACUCAACACCCUCCAGAAUGUGAUGAUGGAGGUCGUCAGAGGAGAGCUGGACCUCAUCGAGCAGCGCGGAGGGUCUUCGCCAAAUGGCUCUAUCAGAUCCAGGAGGCACGCCAGUGGCAAAGUCAAGAAGGACGACAAGGAGACGAGCCCAAACUCACCACCGCCGUCUGAUAAAAGCUCGUCGUCAACAGAGCAUCACACAGACACAAGUUAAAUCUUUUGCCAUCUGACUUUGUUCAUCUAACCUUUGGUGGACAUGACUCUUUACUGCGGGUCUACUCAGUCGGCCUAACCUCCGACGGGGUAAGCGUGUAAGUAGGAACGAGUAAGUUAAUAUCAACUGUUUUUGCAAUGGUAAAACAUUUCCGUCAUAUUCUUCAGGCAAGGAGUCUUUUCAAACGGGAAAGCAACAACAUGCACAGUUCAGUAUCUGAUCACUGUUAAUUGUAAUAAUCAUGUCGUCAAUUAAACGGCCUCAUUUCACUGCGGCGGUUUAGAUUUUCAUCAAUGUGUUUGGAGUUAUGGAGGGCAAUGCGGAUAUGCUGCCACCUAGUGGCAACUUCGGAGCACUUCAUUCAGACUUGACCACACCGUCGUAAUUCAAGCAACAGAAAACUUAGAUGACAAGCAACUCAUUUUAUACCCAUUAGUAUAAAUGUAUCCAAUUAUUCAUUCAUAAUGUGCCAAAAUAUCAAUUUUACGUUAUAACCAUGCAUGUCAAAUUGAAUGGGAAUGACCAGGAUAGAUCUCAAUUUGACAUGUCCAUUUAAAUCCACAAGGUGGCGGUCAAUG